GCACGUUUGCACAGUUGUUUGCUAGGUUUAAGACGUGUUCUCUACGUUUGGAAAAAUGUAUAUCUACGAAGGAUGUGCAGAAUUGAUAAAAAAAUACAAAAUUCAAUAAAUUAAAGUGAAUAUUCUUUGUGUAAAACACAAUGGUUGCUUAAUGUUUGCAAAUAUGUGUUAAAGUGUAUUGUGAAGUGUUUUUAAUGGUGCCACCAGUAGAAUUUCACAUAUAUAAGUAAAAGAAAGCGAAAGCCAACACAGCAUCCUUUUUAUUUUUAUCCCUUGCUUAUGCUUUAUCUUUCCUUUUACUCGUUAUUCCUCUAUGUGCGCGUUAUUCGUGAACUGCUCCACCCUCGACGUCCUUGUAAAGAGAGUAGUUUCAUGAAUUAUCUGGCUAAACAAUGUAUAAAAAGUGAUACAAAAGAAGCGGGAAGUGUUGUUUGUGUUUGAUGGGGGUGUGGAAUAAAAAAAUAAAAAAUACAACAACAUAAGUGCGGCUAAAAUACGGCAAAGAGCAGUGCAUUCAAAGCCAACUUGUACAAGCAAGAAAUUGAAAGCAAAACUUGCAGAAAAACAAGUCGCGUCAUUGAGUCGCCAACGCUGCGCGAUUCCAGCUCCGUAGUGCGCUUCCGUCGUGUGUAAGUGUGAACAUAUGUAUGUGCACCGCUGCAACUUCAAGGAGCCGUGCAUUCUGCCACCGGCGUCACAAAGUCGUUUUCACUUAAUACCAUCAUUAUUGGAUUUGAAACCUUUUGACACAAUUGCCUAACCAAAACGUUUGAUUGAGAGAUACAUCCGGUAAAAUCAUUUAACAUUAUUGGUAGCAAAAUCUUUUUAUUAAUUAACAAGUGCCGAAAAGUGUGUGUGUACCUAAAAUGUAUCUUAAACGAAUUUUCGAGAAAAUUAUACCGCUUUCCUGUUGAAUUAGUGUUAUUUAAAGUCAGUUUAAAGCAGCCAUUAUACUCAUAAAUACGUUGUUGCUGUAAUUGAAAACGAAAGCUGCAGUUGAACACCUAAAAGAUUCCACUUCAACGAUUCUGAAGACAAUUGCAUCAACACAUAACGGGUGAACCUGCUCCUUUAGAAUCAAUUUAACACACCACUUUUCCGAUGCGAGCAACGGCGCUAAGCUAAAAUUCAAUCCAAGUCACAAACAAGUUAGAGAAUACUCCCCACGCAACUUCUUCAUUAUUUGAGACGCGACGAAAUUUAUGCCCGGAGUAGGUGCCGGGCAGUGCUGGACAUGUUGGAACGUCGUCCCUUAUGGGGAUUAAUAGUAUUGUUGAAUGUCUGCGUAGUGAUAUGGCGAAUGCAGGAACCGGGCAUGCUAAAUGUCGAAUACGACGGCAGCGGUGCGGGCAGCGCGAACUUACAGCAAAACUCAGACUUCGACGAUUACGUGCCGCCAUUGCACCUACAACGCCAACAACAGCAGCAACCACAGGUCGAACAACGGUCCUCAGUGUGGCGCAGAGGUGUCGCGAUGCGCAAUGCCAUAGCACAACAACAGCUGUACGCCGGUAAACAUCUACUAGCCGAUAGCGCUGAGGCGAAUGAAAUCGCUGCCAAAGUAACGCGAAAAGCGGACGAUAGUCUUCACAAUAGCGGCCACAGUAGUAGUAGUAGUAGUAGCAGUACCAGUAGCAGUAGUAGUACGCAUAGGUCUAGUACUAGCCAUAAGAAUAAGAGUCAACACCUAUUUAACGAGCACACGACGAGUCUACGAAGUGUCAGCUCAGUUAAAAGUACGCCUUCACCGUUAGUCACAGCGGCAACACUGAAGAACACUGCAGAGUUGCAAACCACAACGAUAGGCAAUGCGAGAGCGUAUAGUUUUCCACCGGAUGACUUCCAUCAAUUAAUCGAUCUGCACGACUUUACGUACCUUAUAAGCCAGAACAGCUGUAGUCCGGAUGUGCAAGCACUAAUCUUAGUGCAUUCGGCGCCAGCCAAUGAGGAGAAGCGACGUCUCAUACGCGAGACGUGGGGCAAUACCGAUCAAUUGCCACCCGUGAACGGUGUUAUGCCAUUGCGGAUUAUCUUUUUGAUCGGUACCGUCGAGACCGAAGCGCUGCAGUUGGAUAUCGAGCGUGAGAAUUUCGAAAACGGCGAUAUUGUGCAGGGUUCCUUUGUGGAUAGCUACCGCAAUAUGACCUAUAAGCAUGUGAUGGCUUUCAAAUGGUUUCUAUAUAAUUGUGCGCAAGCGCAAAUUCUCAUCAAAGUCGACGACGACGUCUACGUGAAUACACCGCAACUACUCAUCUACCUGGAUCGUGCUGCUGUGAACGGUGAUCUGGAAAAUGUCGCCGCCGCCGCUGCCGCUGCUGCUACGGAUGUUCAAGCCAGUGCUGCCAUAUCUCUACAACAAACCGCCGAUAAUGAUAGAAAAGCUUUUGAGCAUAAUACUAUUGCAGACACUAAUAGUAGUAGCGGUAGUAGUACGAGCAGCAGUAAUAAUGUACGAAAUGCUGCCGAUGCCAGCGCUGCACACACACACACAAAUAACACACAAUUCAAUGCUGCACAAAUGAUAUUCCGCCAUCCACACGAUUUGCUGCUCUGCAAAACCAACAUCAAUGCUAUGGUCAAACGCAGUUACCGCUCGAAAUGGCGCGUCACAGCGCGCGAGUUCCCCGGCAGUUACUAUCCGCCCUACUGUCCCGGCUAUGCCAUCAUCUAUUCGCCCGACGUGGUGCUAGCUUUAUAUAACGCCGCACAGGUGUCGACCUACUUCUGGAUCGAUGACGUCCACAUAACGGGUGUUUUGGCGCAGAAUCUGAGUAUCGCCAUCACAAACGCCGACCAAUACAUACUCUACGAAACUGAUUGUGACAACUUGCUCAAUGACACGGUGAAUAGUGAUGACGUGGAGUUCUUGUACGCCUGGCAUUUGAUCAAUCCCCAGCAGGUGCAAAGGCUGUGGGAGAUGUAUGUGGCCAAAGCACACAGACACUUCUCGGCUGCUCCAACAUCCACCAGCGCUGCAGCGCUGCACGCCGCCAAGCAGCAGACAUCACCCCACCCGACUGACUACAAUAAAUAUAAGAGCUACAGAUAGUAACAUUAACUCGUGCAUAUAAAUUUACACACACACACACACACACACACACACAUACAAGCACAUUUGUCAUAAUACAUAUAAGUUCUUUAAGUUUUACUUUUUUAUUACAACAUUUUAUUUUAAAAUUAAAUAAGAGAAAUUGAUUUUAGUUAGGAUCUGUGUAAAGGCAGUACGUUUAAAGUAAACAACUUGUGUAUAUUCCAAUGUGUGAACGUGUAAAAUAUGAAAGGCGCAACAAGCGUAAUAAAUCAUGUAAAAAGCAAAUAUUCAAUAAAAUAUUUAUCUUAUAUAUGUAAGUGACCAUUCUGCACAAAUUUCAUAUCAUAUAGUGCAAAUGUUUAACAUCAAAAAUUUAGAUUACAUUUAUAUACACACAUAUAUAUGUACAUAUGUAUGUGUGAAAUGGAUACGUUUGAGCUGUGCAAACGAGAACAAUUCGCCAAAGGAGUACAUGUGUACAUACAUAUUUUGCGAUCGGAAUUGUAGAGCGAGUUUUGAUUGAAGUUUUUAAAGCGCGCUUAGAAAAAGUAAUUAAAUGAAAUUAGUUCAGUUGGUUUUAUUAGGCAUACAUAAUUUAAUAAAAAAAGUUUAUUUUUAAAGCAAUGUAUUUAUGGUAAUUUUAGUGAAAUUGAAAUAAAUUAUUUUUAUUAUAAUAACUUUGAAGUUUAGUAUGAAUAUAUGCUUUAUGAAAAGAUAUAAUUUCGAAUGUGUCUCAUAGCCAUUUAACUAGAAUUCAAUCUAUAGUUUAUACGCAUACGUAUAUUGUAUGAAAACGCUAGCUUAGCUUUCUUCACGUUUAGCGAGCUGUUGCGGUUAUUGCAAGUAAAAGAACUAUGUAUAUAUUCUUUUGCAACUGCCGGAAAUGGUUUAGAAUCGCAAAAAUUCCAGUAUCGUAAGCAGAAUGAUUAAUGCUUGUUAUGGUGAUUAAACUGGUGCUUGCAUUUUUUUAUCGAUCUAGUCGACGCUCACAAAUUAGAAUUGCUAAAAAUUAUAAUCAAAGUUGGCACUACAUCAAAGUUUUUUUGUUAUUGUAGUGGCAGAAAUCUGCUCGAGUUGAGGAGGCAUUUGCCGGGUAAAAUCCGAGUCUGUUCCGAUUAGGAAGUCUGGACUGUCUUGUGCUAUUAUUUACUUUGCCAUUGGUGCAAUUAUAUUGAAUAGUUUUUUACUAAGCAUAUAAGCAAUCUUCGUACUCUCCAUAUCGCUAUUACUGUUUCAGUAUAAAUCAAACCUAAAAAACAAAGAAAUAAACUUUAUAGCCAGAUUAGUUGUGAAGUUGUUGAUUGAGCUUGUUUUAUGCUUUCAAAAUUUUUACAGAGAACAUAUCGAUUCUCGCCUUUUUAUCAGGAAAAAUGUAAAUAUUACUGAAAUUAGAAUUUUUCAGUAAUCAGAAUCAGCUUAAAAAUAAAGUGGUUCUAAUUUGUGAGCGUCCACUGUAUUUUGUUUUUCUUUGUAGUAUAUUUUGUGGACCGACGUACAUAGCGAGUGACUCAAUUCCGUAUUUUAUGAAACUUGCGAGGGACUUCUGUAUAUGUGUUUUUUUAGGGGUCUGUAAGAAUUUCAAGCACUUCAGUCCGUGAUCUAUCAAUAUUAUUUAUUUUUGUAAAAGUGACUGAUACUAACUUCCCAUUUUGGUGUUUCAUAAAUUUUGCUUUCCAAUACAUACACGUACGUAUGUAUGUAUAUUUUAUUGAAAAGAAUGGAAAUAGCAAUCUGACAUGUUGUCAAGGUUUUUUUCUUAAAUUAUUAAUUAAAGUGCAAUUUGAAAAAAAAAAAAAAAAUGGUCUUAAAAUUAUUUCUUACUUAACAAUAUUACCUCCUCCAAUUAAAAAGCGUACAGAUUUUUAGUUUUGCUAUAAAAUAAUACUUCUAAUUUCCGCAAAAUUCUCGUUUUAUCCAUAAAUUUUUAU